AUGCUCAUGGUGUACGCUCGGACGUAUGAGUGCAGUCUGCCGCCCAGAGCUGAGGUCCUGGCCGAUGGUUUCGACUGUGAGCCCAUACUUCUAGCCACGUAUGGUACUGCGGCUGGAUAUACACAGGAGCAUUCGCCCGCAACUGGCGCCGAGCUUACAGUCCAACGACCUUAUGAGCUUGACGAACAUGAGAUGCGUGCCAGCGAUUUUGGGGUCACGUUCUAG